UUCACGUCCGUCCCUCUCCAUGUAGCUAACCCCUUUCGAAUGAUAGCAGAUCGUUCUGGGGGAGAGCCAUGCCUGGAGGAUCUCUACAUCUGCUCUUACCCGCCCACAAUUUCAGCUCUUAUUAGAGGUCGGCAGAUGAUGAAGACGCAUGCGACUCCCUCCUUCGCGACAAUCGGACAAAGUCAACCGGGCGCAAGGCAAGGUAGAGUGCUCCCCGCUGUCAACAGAGAGCUGAAGCUUGUCCACAGACUUGUUCCCCCCCCAAUGUCAAGUUCACCAAUAUCUCUGGCGACAAGGGUGUGGCGAGCUCACAUGAAUGCAAACUCUGGAUUCUGCAAAUGAACCCAGAGAUUACAUUCAUGUCCCCGGCCAUCAAAUGUCCGUCGUGCAUAACGAUGAAAGACUGAUCGAUUCCACAUUAUAUAGUGAGAUUGAGCCACUGUUUGUGGCUUAGUGCACGAAUCGAAGAGGCAAGUGCACUCGAAGCUUUGCGACGU